CCUCUCCCAUCGUCCAGCAAUCAUGGCGUUCUUCAUGCGACGCCCGUUUGCUAUCCCGACGGCUCUCCGUCAGGUCCCCAAGACCGUCAACAACACCACUCGGUUUAUCCACAACUCGCCUUUAAAGCCUAGCCAGCCCAAGCCCAUUGCUGGACCCUCCUCCGUCUUCGCAAAGUCCAGACAGACUUUCCAGAAUGCCUUCCGUCGCACGUACAUGCAGCCGACCUACAACGCCUCGAGUGGCAAUCUCUCCCAGCGACUUCUGUACGGCGCGGCCAUCGUGGGUGGCACGGUGUUGGUAACCAACUUGAUCUUCAACCGUGAGACCCGCGAGGAUGGCGGCAUGCCCGCUUACGAACGGAGCUUCCUGAACGAGACUUUCAUGCACACUGGACUUGGUAUUGGUAUUAUCGGUAUUGCUGCUCGCGCUUUGCACAUGAACGGAUGGUCCUUCCGUCUGAUGUCCGCUAGCCCUUGGGCUGUCAUGGGUCUCGGUCUGGUGGCGAGCAUCGGCACGAUGUACGGUACUCUCUACACUUCGCCGGACAACUAUGUGGUCAAAUACGGUCUUUGGUCUGCGUUCAACCUCACCCAGGCUGCGCUGCUCUCGCCCCUGAUGUUCAUGCACCCCGCUCUGCUCGCUCGCGCCGGUCUCUACACUGUCGGCAUGAUGGGCUCCAUCGCUUUCGUCGGUGCCACCGCUAAGCAGGAGAAGUACCUAUACCUGGGUGGCCCUCUCCUCGCUGGUGUGACCAUCGUCGCUCUCUCCGGUUUCGCUCCUCUGGUCCUCCCCGCCACCGCGACCCGCACCCUGAUGUGGUCCGAGAGGCUCUGGCUGUACGGUGGUCUCGCCGUCUUCGGCGGCUUCACCCUCUACGACAUCCAGAAGAUCCUGCACCACGCCCGCCUCGCCGAGAGGGGUCUCGUCCGCCGCGAUGUCGUCAACGAGAGCAUCAGCCUCGAGCUGGACUUCCUCAACAUCUUCAUCCGCAUGGUCCAGAUCCUCAGCAUGCAACGCUCCAACCGGAAAUAAGCGACUCUCCUCCAUUAGGUAGAGCCACUUCUUUUUGGCUAGACCUACUAGUAACAUUGCUUGUUAAAUAUCGUUAGCACGGUGACUUCCGUCUCACCCUCUCAACCAGACCUUCACGGCUUCUGCCUGAGCUGAGCCGUCUCUGGGAAGAAAGUGGAUGCCCAUUUGUGGUCGCAUUUUUGUUCACUCAUUGUUCACUCAUUGACUGCUGCUUAAUCUCCAUUUUGUACAAUACUAUGUCGGUCGUGUGAUUUUUUUUU